AUGGCUUCAUCGUGGCCGGGGAAGCGGUGCAAAUCGAUCGGGGAUCUGCCGGACGCCCUUCUGCCAAGCGCCGGGCUUUUUGGCCGUCUCCGCGAUCGUGUCAAAUCGUCGUGGGCCCUGCUCCCGUCGAGGCGACGCCCGUCGGCCGUCGAUUGUGAAACUCACCCAAUGCUGCCGAAAAAGCCGGCGGUCGAGACGCCCGCACCGCGCAAGACGAGCGUCAAGGAGGAGCUGGUCGCGUUGAAGGCUGCCAUCACCCGCAAGCUGUCUCUUCUCCCUCCCUGUUCGCCCACUCUCUCCUCAUCAUCCGCUUCAUCCAUCGAUCAAUACCCCGAGAUGUCAAUCGACAGUCAAGACGACGACGGCCCGGGUUUCCCCGACUUUUUCAUCGUCGACCGAUCCAUGCUACGGCAGCCGAUU